AUGCCCGAACAUGAACAACUGUUUUCCGAUCUUGUUCAUUCUUCAUCAGCAACCAGCAUUCCGACAAUGAACAAUAAAAACGAGAGAAGCCUUCUUUCGAAUACGGAUAUGAAUCGAACUUCGAAUAAGAAACAAAAAUUAAAUUCCAACACGGACGUUAUAAUUGAUAAUGAUGACAGUGAUGACGUCGUGACGACGAGGUGUAAUAUUCCAUCAAUGUCAUCACAAUCAUCAUCAGAAACAAUAUUUUCGCAACUUCCAUAUGAAAUCUAUGUACACGUGAUGGAAUUUCUGGAUAUUUACGAUAUAUUGAAUUGUUCCUUGAUCAAUUUACGGUUCAACGAAAUUUGUAACUGUAACGUUGUGUGGAGAAAGAAAUGUCAGGACGUGUUUUUGAUUCCAAACGUGGUAUUUGAACAAAAAGGGAUACUUUCGGCAAUGGAACGUCAAUCUCAUAACAUUGUGAAUGAUAACAGCAUGGCCUCACAAGAAGAAGAAACGACAGACUUGAUGACCAUUACACCUCCUCCUCUUUCGGAACUAUUUAUUUCACCAAAUUCUGUGUCUUCCUCAAAAGAAUUUGAUCCUAUUUUGGAUAAAAUGAAUAUGAGGCAAUGCGAGAGAAUUGAAGAUUUGUUGACCAAUGUAUUUGGCUCUGAAAACAAGUAUAGAUGGUGCAAGAUGUUAUUUAUUCAAUAUUUCAAAAGCUACAUUCUUGGAAUAGUAAGCAAUCGCCAAGAUUAUCAUACAGCAUGCGAAGUAUUCCGCAAGAUGAAAAAACUUGUCAAUCAACUCGAAUACUACUUGGGAUAUCAUUCUCCAAAAAUCUAUAAUUCUCUCUUCAUCAUAGAGUCAUUACCUAACAUGUUUGAAUGUAUCGAAUCUCAAAAAGACAUGAUACAGAAGUAUUUUGUGGAUCUACCUUUGGAGUUCAAAUAUUUGUACUUGCUUGUAGAUGGUCAAAGGGGUUUGAAAAGCAAAUCACUAGGACUAUUUGGAAUGUAUGAAUUUUAUUCGUAUCUUGCUGCAUUACCAUUUCUCAGUCUUCGCACGAAUUGUAGAUAUUUGGAAGAAUUUAGAAAUCAAGAGUACGAAUUGAUAGAAUCGACUGUGCCUUUUAUCAUUAGCUCUAAUGUGAAUGUUCUUAUUGUGACAAAGCCUUUCACAUGUUCAAAAUAUAGCUAUCGUCCUGGAAAUGUCAUUCAACUGACUGCACAAGGAAUUCCGUUAGUAUUAUCUGAAUCUUUUGCAGAGUGGUUCGAAACUUAUGUUGUAAAUUUAACUGUGAAAGAAUUGUUCGAUAUCGAAGAGAGUGGAGCAAUUAAUAGAUUUUUCAAUUCUCAAUACGGAUCAGAAACUGUGACAAAUGGAGUGAAAAUUACGUGUCAAUCCCUUCUCAUACCCGAAAUGACACAAAUUACAGACAAUGAAAAUCUUUAUCACUUUUCAUAUCGUGUGAAAAUUACCAUGGACAAGAACGAAACCAAUGACAAGUCAUGUCGUCUUCAAUCAAGACAUUGGGAAAUAUUCGAAGGUGGUGACAUGGAAAACCAAGAACCAGAAGUUGUAGAUGGUCCUGGAGUGGUUGGCCUCUUUCCCAAAGUCACACCUGGAUCUGUAUUUUCAUAUUGCUCCUGUACUCAAUCCACAUCAGAAAUUGGAUACAUGAGAGGGUAUUUUGUCAUGCAGAAAUUGAAUGAUGGCACUCUAUUCAACGCAAUGAUUGACCCUUUUCCAAUUUCCACUCAACAUCAUGUUUAG